AUGCCUCCAGGUCUAGGGAAGACAAUAGGCGACCCAGAUAACGAUGACUAUGUCGCGCAAGUACUCGCAAAGGAGGCUCGCGAUAGCUCCGUGAAGUAUUCUGCUUUAGGGAUGGAAGCAUACAUGCCCGCAAGGCCUACAAGCUCCGCUCCGAAGCCCAACACUCGGUUUCUUCGUCAUAUAAUCAAGGAGACAGAUAACCAUAAUGCGGCGUUGAAGAGAAAGGAGGAAAGGGAGGCCAGGGAGCGUAUGCGAGAGCUACGAAACCAGACUGCAUCUUCGGCGCAAGCAAGCGGCGGCGAUCGCCGUCGCCGUUCACGUAGAUCAGACGAUCAGUAUUCACGACGGGAUAGAGGUAGGGAGGAUCGGGAGGAUAGACAUCGCUCUGACCGGAGAAGGCGGAGGAGUCGUUCAACCUCGCUUGAUAGGAAGCGCCCGCAUACGUCUCGUCGCGAGCGUGAGGUGCGGGGCCGGGAUGAUGACCGACACAGGAGCUCAAGAAAUAGUCGUCGACACCGAUCUUAUUCAAGGUCACGAAGUCGAUCUCCUCGCAGGAAGGAUUCGGAUUCUUUUGACCGUCGCCGACGCCAUCGAAGACGCUCUACAUCCCGCUACCGCUCGCCAGGGUCGAGAGAAGACCGCAAGGAUCGCGAUUCGUCAGGACGUCAUCAAAGAUCUGCGGCAGGCUCUCUUGAUAGAACAUCUGGAAAUGAGUCGGAUCCUUUGGAAGAACUCGUCGGCCCGCUGCCCAAGGAAGAGGCGCCAAUUCGUUCUCGUGGCCGAGGUGCAUACAAACCCAACAACAGCAGCAUUGACGCUCAUUUCGCGCCUGAUUACAACCCGUCUCUUGAUGUACAGCCUGAAGAUGAUGAAGGGCAAACUAGCCGGUCUAGUCGCCGGCCCGUGGCAGGGCUUAUGACUGGAGAUGAUGAUUGGGAACUUGCCUUGGAAGCUCUACGAGAUCGGGCACGCUGGAAACAAACGGGCGAGGAUAGGCUACGAGAGGCAGGUUUUAAUGAUGACAUUGUAGAUCGCUGGAAAAGCAAUACCACUCCGGCGGCCACAGGGAACGACGAAGGUUUGGUGGAGAAUGUCAAGUGGUCUACCAAGGACGAAGGUCGCGAAUGGGAUCGGGGGAAGUUUGUGAAUGAUGACGGUCAUAUCAGUGUCAAGGCUUCUUGGUAG